AUGGAGAUUGGCUGUCGCACGUGGUUGGAACCGGGAGCACAUUGUUGGACCGCCGGUGCAGAACGUGGCAUAGUGAAAAAGUUUGUUGAAUCUGGCGGGAGGGGUAGCCGCCGAAAAUUUAUCGAACAGGACCUACGCUGGCAGGAAGCUAGGUACCCUUGGUUCUACCUCCGCAUGGCAGAUUAUUACACAGGUGGUGAAUUCGGAUCUUCAGGUCCUGGUUUCGAAAACCAAGCUCAAGUUGCCACAGAAAGCAAUGGAAACUUCAAUAACUAUGGUAAUUAUGAUCGGGAUGGAGAGUCGGACAUAAAUUCCACGGAGUAUUUGGAUCGUAAGGACAGAUCCCCACGUCACCGGAAACGAGACUCCAGCUCCGAAGACCGUGGACGGGAUCGCAAACGUGACAAGAAAAGGUCACGAAGUCGAAGCCGCAGUCGCGAACGGCGGCGGCAUAGUCGGGAUCGGCAUCGUGAUCGUAGCCGCGAACGUCGAUCCAAACAUAGACAUUCUCGCCAUCGUUCCGAGACGCCACCCCUUAUUUACAAAUAUUGGGACGUACCACCACCCGGUUUCGAACAUGUCACUCCUGCCCAGUAUAAAGCAAUGCAGGCUUCGGGACAAAUCCCAGUGAACGUUUACGCAGCUGGUCAGAUCCCCAUGCCAGCUCACGCACCAAACGCUCCACUCACGCUUACCACAAAUAUCCCGUUUGCUGGUAGUGCUGUUUGCCGCCAGGCGCGCCGCCUUUAUGUUGGUAACAUACCGUUUACCGCUACCGAAGAGAAUAUGAUGGAAUUCUUCAAUAAACAGAUGCGGGCUCAAGGACUUGUUCAGGCCGAAGGUAGUCCGAUAAUUGCCGUACAAAUUAACAUGGAGAAAAAUUUUGCUUUCCUCGAAUUUAGAUCCGUUGAUGAAACGACACAGGGGUUGGCUUUAGAUGGCAUUCUUUUCCACAAUCAAGCACUGAAACUCCGUCGACCGCGCGAUUACGCUCCCCUUCCCGGUGUGUCAGAGACGCCUUCAGUUAUCGUCCCAGGUGUUGUCAGCACGGUUGUCCAGGAUUCACCACACAAGGUGUUUGUUGGUGGUCUCCCGAAUUACUUAAACGAAGACCAAGUGAAGGAACUGCUGCUAAGUUUUGGGCCAUUAAAAGGGUUCAAUCUUGUCAAGGACGGUUCAACUGGUUUGUCGAAAGGUUAUGCCUUCUGUGAAUACGUCGAUCCAAAUGUCACUGACCAUGCGUGUGCUGGCCUCAACGGCAUGCAACUGGGAGAUAAGAAAUUGAUUGUUCAGCGGGCCAGUGUUGGUGCCAAACACAACGCCACAACAGCUGCCCCAGCACUGCUUCAAUUACCUGGCUUGACUGAUACCUUGGUACAGAAUACAACCGGAACAGGCAAUAUAACAAUCCGUAGUGGUGGUCCUCCCACCGAAGUCCUCUGUUUAAUGAAUAUGAUUGACCCGGCUGAACUAGAGGAUGACGAGGAAUACGAGGACAUCGUUGAGGAUGUCCGCGCUGAAUGCAGCAAAUACGGUGUUGUUCGAAGUCUAGAGAUACCUCGACCCAUCCGUGGAGUUGAGGUACCUGGUGUGGGUAAGAUAUACGUCGAGUUCGCCAGUCUCAUCGAUUGUCAGAAGGCAGCUACUGCCCUCACUGGGCGCAAAUUCAAUCAACGUUUGGUAGUCACUUCGUUCUUCAAUCCUGACAAUUACCACCGCCGUGAAUUUUGACAUCCCUGUGUUAAUAACUUGUCGAAUGUAUAUAUGGUGCAAUUUUAGCUAUGCUAUGAAAUUCUGCCAAUUUUUACCUGUUAAUGAUGCUCAUUCAAAUGGAAGUGAGCUUCCGAAAGAAUCGAUAUCACUAGCAGCUUUUAUGCACAUUAAAGGAGCAGGUUUUGUGGCGAUACGGUUUCUUCGCUCCGGCUUCUAACCUCGUUUUGCAGAGUGUAGAACUUGGGGACUUCGUCAAACAGUGCGGCCACGGUGCCAAUGUGCCUGGGUGUCACACGUACAGGUGCGCCAUAAAUGAAGAAACGGUUAACCUGAAUCAACCCCCAUGUGCUCACUAUCACCUACUACUAGUCAACUGUCCGUGGGCCUAGACAGUCACUCGGACUGCGAAAAGACCAGUGCUAGGUGAUCUCCCAAGACCAUAUGCUGACCACUGUAAUCACUUUUUAACCCUAUAACAUUAGGUUCAGUGGUUUAUUUCUAGACGUUCCCCGAUUACCAUGUUCAUCACUAAGCUUUUCAUGUCCAGGAAGUAGUUCCGUUCUGUUAAUGCUCAGAGGGUUCGGAGAUUUGUUCCUGGGUUCAUCUUGGUUUAUUUCACUCGAUAUCACUGAUCUUGCAUACAUUUCCGCUCGCUCAGCGCGGCUUCGAGAACCCUAGAUUACUGUGGACAUGUCAUUUGCGAUAAGAAUUUGACUUGAGGUAGUAUUCUUAAACGAAUUUGUCUUAUUUUAUACUCAGUCGCCCUGCUGUUCGUCGUCAGUGUCAACAUUCUUCCAUUUACAGCUUAUCUCGCUUUUUUUCGGGUCGUAUUUGAUAGGCUCCUACCUGCAUUCACUACAAUUGCACACAUGUGUCCGUUUCUUAGCUGUUGGAGCACAAAACGAUCACUGCGAAGUACAACCCACUAGCUGUGUGAGGGACAUAAUAAGGCUUCUGGUUCUGAACAUUCAUUUGAAGCAUCGUCAAAACCAUGUGCAACACUGUAGCUCUCUGAUGUGCUCUAUACAUUUCUACGGAGUGAAAAGAAG